AUGCGUCGAGCAGCCAUUCAAGUGUUUCGCUCUGCUCGCCGUCCUACUCUCCGCAAGUUUGUCAGGAAUCGCAGCACCCCGUUCAGCCAUGUCGUGGGCACGCGCUCUCUAACCACCCGGAGGGAACGAGGGUCUAUCAGUCUUUUGCACUCUUCCAUGCUCUUCAGGAACUUCACGUAUGCCGCUGUUGGUGCCGCUGUCGCCUCCGGCGCCUUCUACGCUAUCCGUGGCACGAGUUCUACCUCCCCUAUCGCCGCCGCAAACCCCAUUUCAGCAGACCAAAGUCGCAGUCUUAGCAAGUCGAACGCCUACGCGAGCUCCCCCAAAACGGACCCCACUAGUACCGCAGCAGACAAAACCUCGGAAUCUACUCGACGGGCGCUAGUCGUUGGACAGGGCUCAUUAUACACGGGUACGAUCUCUGGUGACGGGCCGUUGUCGAAGGAAACGGACGAUUACGGCAGGAAGGUUCUCGAGAUGCUGACGCCGGAGCAGGCGACCCAGAAGCUCAGGAAAAAUGAAGAAUCAUGGCUCGUUGGAAGAGGACAAGGUGUGGUUCGGUACGAUGUGGUCCAAAUUCCAAGCAACGAUCCCAUAGAGGAUGACCAUGCGGAAAAGAUCAUAGAAGUGCCACAGAGUGUGGCCGCAGCGGCCGAGAGCUCCUCGGCAAGCGACUGGAUGUUUUGGGGGGUCUUUGAUGGUCAUAGUGGAUGGGUCACAUCCGCCAAACUUCGCCAGACCUUGAUCUCGUUUGUAGCACGCGAGCUUGAUUCGACAUACAAAUCGGCACUCGCAGAUCCUGCCUUGAAGUUCCCAGCUCCCGAGUCUAUCGACAAAGCGAUCAAGCAAGGGUUCCUCCGCCUCGACAACGAGAUAGUUCACGAAUCAGUCGCGAAGGUCAAAAAGGCACAGUCAAAACUGGUCGCAGCCGAACUUCUGGCACCUGCUCUGUCAGGAUCCUGUGCCCUUCUCUCGUUCUACGAUAGCAGAUCAAAGCUCCUCCGAGUAGCCUGCACUGGUGACUCUCGGGCGGUCCUAGGAAGGCGAGCUGCGAGCGGGAAAUGGACAGCGAUGCCUUUGUCGGUCGAUCAAACUGGCGGAACACCUUCAGAAGUGGAGCGGUUGCAGAAGGAGCACCCCAACGAACCGUAUGUCACCAAGAACGGGCGGAUUCUGGGUGGUCUCGAGCCAAGCCGUGCUUUUGGAGAUGCGAUCUACAAAUGGAGCCUUAAAACUAACGAAGAGUUGAAACGCUCAUAUUUUGGUCGGACCCACUCUAGCCUACUCAAGACGCCUCCCUAUGUUACCGCUGAGCCGAUUGUCACAACUACAAAGGUCGACCCGGAAAGGGGAGAUUUUGUGGUGAUGGCUACUGAUGGUCUCUGGGAAAUGCUUACGAACGAAGAGGUCGUUGGGCUUGUUGGUCAGUGGCUAGACUCUCAGAGUGGUGGGAAGAAUGCGAAAAAUGGUCAGAGUGAUUCGUGGCUCAAAAGCUGGUUCAGCACCCAAAAGGGCCUCCCAGUUGAACAAGGUGGAGCUGGAGACCCAAGCGGACAGCGUGCGCCCAUUCGCCAACAGCAAUGGGGCGCAAAGCCUCCCUACAGCGACCGCUUCGUGGUCGAAGACAAGAACGCCGCAACUCACCUAGUCAGAAACGCCCUCGGAGGGAAAGAUCAGGAUCAGCUUUCUGCGCUCCUGACCCUUCCCAGCCCCUACUCGAGACGAUACAGGGACGAUCUCACAGUCGAAGUUAUCUUUUUCGGCGAAGGUGCCGGUAGCGGAAACGUCACCCUAAACAAGGAAGCCAGUGCCUCCCAUUCAGACGUUAAGCCGAAACUAUGAUCCAGAUAGAUCAGUAGGAGGCCCCACAGAAGCCGUCGAACCCACUUCGCAGUUGGUUUACAAGAUUUGGCGCAAGGAGUUCUGCACUUGUCAUAUGCAUUAAAUGCAUCCUCAUGACUGGACUG